AUGUUCUGGAGCUACCAUGUGCUGGAGCUACCAGGUGCUGGAGCUACCAUGUUCUGGAGCUACCAGGUGCUGAAGUUACCAGGUGCUGGAGCUACCAUGUGCUGGAGCUACCAGGUGCUGGAGCUACCAUGUGCUGGAGCUACCAGGUGCUGGAGCUACCAUGUUCUGGAGCUACCAUGUGCUGGAGCUACCAUGUUCUGGAGCUACCAUGUGCUGGAGCUACCAGGUGCUGGAGCUACCAUGUUCUGGAGCUACCAUGUGCUGGAGCUACCAUGUUCUGGAGCUACCAUGUUCUGGAGCUACCAUGUGCUGGAGCUACCAGGUGCUGGAGCUACCAUGUUCUGGAGCUACCAUGUGCUGGAGCUACUACAUGUGUCAGUGUUGUGCUACGGCUGGUUAAUAGUAACACCUCCUUCCUCUGAUGCAGACGGGGAGGUGCAGACUGAUGAAGGCCCUUUAGAGGAUGCAGACCUGUCUCCGCAGAGUGACCUGUCCUCUGAAGAGGUUAGACACACCCCUCUGCAGAGUGACCUGACCUCUGAAGAGGUUAGACACACCUCUCCACAGAAUGACCUGACCUCUGAAGAGGUUAAACACACCCCUCCACAGAGUGACCUGACCUCUGAAGAGGUUAAACACACCUCUCCACAGAGUGACCUGACCUCUGAAGAGAAGCCAACAGAGGACAGUAAAUCUACUGACACAGAGGAGAGUCCAGAGGGAGAAAAAGUUGAAGAGGAGGAGACUGCAGUAGCUGAGAACUCCACCGUGGAACAAGGUGAUAACAAGGAAGAUAUUACUAAGAGGAUUACCACAGAGGAACAAGGUGAUGACAACGAAGAUAUUACUAAGAGGAUUACCACAGAGGAACAAGGUGAUAACAAGGAAGAUAUUACUAAAACCACCGAGGAACAAGGUGAUAACAACGAAGAUAUUACUAAGACCACCGAGGAACAAGGUGAUAACAACGAAGAUAUUACUAAGAGGAUUACCACAGAGGAACAAGGUGAUGACAAGGAAGAUAUUACUAAGAGGAUUACCACAGAGGAACAAGGUGAUAACAAGGAAGAUGUUACUAAAACCACAGAGGAACAAGGUGAUAACAAGGAAGAUAUUACUAAAACCACCAAGGAACAAGGUGAUAACAAGGAAGAUGUUACUAAAACCACCGAGGAACAAGGUGAUAACAAGGAAGAUAUUACUAAGAGGAUUACCACAGAGGAACAAGGUGAUAACAAGGAAGAUAUUACUAAAACCACCGAGGAACAAGGUGAUGACAACGAAGAUAUUACUAAGAGGAUUACCACAGAGGAACAAGGUGAUAACAAGGAAGAUGUUACUAAAACCACAGAGGAACAAGGUGAUAACAAGGAAGAUGUUACUAAAACCACAGAGGAACAAGGUGAUGACAACGAAGAUAUUACUAAGACCACAGAGGAACAAGGUGAUAACAAGGAAGAUGUUACUAAGAGGAUUACCACAGAGGAACAAGGUGAUAACAACGAAGAUAUUACUAAGAGGAUUACCACAGAGGAACAAGGUGAUAACAAGGAAGAUAUUACUAUAACCACAGAGGAGGACUCAGACAGUGUGGUUGGUGAGAAGAGCCUGGAGACCAAGCUACAGGGAAGUCUGGAGAACCUGGUCCUGAAGAAAUGAAGGAUGGAGAGGGGAAGGAGAGAGAGAGAGAAGGAGGAUGAGGCACCGGAUAAAGCUGAGGAGGUUGGAGAAGCAGGGGAUGACGGUCCAACUUCAACAGAUGGAAAAGAGUAGAAAGAGAAAGUGGAUAGAGGAAGACGAGAUGAAUCAUACCAUGUGGAAAAGAAAGAUGAGGAGGAAGUAGACAAGGAACCUGGAACUGAGACAGAUUUUGAGACAGAAGAGGGAGGAAGUAGAUAAGGAACCUGGAACUGAGACAGAUUCUGAGACAGAGGAGGGAGGAAGUAGAUAAGGAACCUGGAACUGAGACAGAGGAGGGAGGAAGUAGAUAAGGAACCUGGAACUGAGACAGAGGAGGGAGGAAGU